GAAGAUGAAAUUCCUAUUGAAGAAUCUCAAGACGAAGUUGAUGGGGAAUGUGAACUUAAGGAAAAGAAUCACAUUUCAUCUAUUCUGUAUGAAGAAAAGUUGAAAACAUUGACGAAUUCCCAACUCAAUGAAGUAUAUUUGGAAUUGGAAAGAAUGAUUCAAGAGAACUCUGAAGUUUUGAUUCAAGAGCUAGCCCUACGAGACGAACUUGAAUUUGAGAAAGAACUGAAAAAUACAUUCAUUUCCUACUUACUAACAAUUCAAAAUAAGAAACGACAGCACAGCACAGAGAAGAGGAGAGGGAGAUCCCAUGGCGGAAAUAGCAUUGAUGCUAAAUUUCUGACGACGGUGAUCCCGUACAGUGUAGAAAAUGGACCACCCAAUAAUCACACAUUGCAGAUUCUCAUAAAAAUUCUAAAGGCAAUUAAUGAAGAUAAUCCAGCUGUACCAGCUUUACUUACUGACUAUAUUCUCAAAGUUCUGUGUCCGACAUGAAAUUGGAUCCUGCAACUGAAUCAUGGAAGUUCACUAGCAUUCAAUUAGUGCAAUCACAGCAUCUCAGAAAGGAUAUGUUUGUUUAUCAGAUGCAUUCACAUGAACAUUUUGUUACCACCAGGUUGUAGUUGACUUUUAUUUUCCUGUAAAAUGAACUGUGAGGCGUUGAGUGCUGUUAAUCGACAAUUUGUAAUAUUCAUUGUACACAUGUUUAAAAUUAUUUAUUAGUAUCAAUUUGCAUAUAUGGAGCUUAUGAUAUUAGAAUUUUUGCACUUAGCAGAUUCUUAAAUUUUACCUCAUACUUACGAAAUUUAUUUUUAGAAUGAAUUACAGCAGUUAAAUUAUAUGUAAAUAAGUAUUGAGUAAUUACCACGUCUUGCAUUGUUGAUCUCAGUUUCUAAAGGGCUAUCCUGACGAAACAGCCUGGAUUUAACAUGCCCAAGCCGGAAAGAGCUGGGAAGUACAGGAUUUAUUAUCACCAAUAAAAUACUUUAUUUUUAGAAAAUAGGAAAUAUUUUUACAGCUCUUAAAUGUUCCAAUUUAAAAAUAAAAAUAGCAUAAGGAAUAUUUCCGGACUUACUCUGCAGCACUGCAGUCUCUCGAUGCAAUUUGUAAUCACUUUUCACAUAAUAUCUAUCUAUUGCAUAAUGACACAUUAAAUUUUUUUCACGACUAAAACGCUCAAAGUGGCCUUUCAUUCAAGCGACCGAUAGCCCCUCGAAAGACAGAGAUCUUAUGCUCUAUUUCUAACCUCCCCUUGAAGUACACAAUAGUCUAAGUUGCAGUUCCCCAAGUGCAUUGUAUCAUUUCAUCUUUAUUGUAGACAGUCUUGUCAUAAAAGGAUUCUUUUAUUGUUACUUAUAUUUAGAUUAAAGGUGACUCAAUACUCAGGGGCUUAUGGAAGCUCCUUUCCUUUCUUAGAAACCAGAAAACAUAUAUGAAAUCUUCACACCUUUUUUUUCCGUUAAUGAAUGGGGAGAGGGGAAGAAUUACUGUGAAUCUCAAAAGGAGUUUUAGGUGUUUCAGUUUUUUAAGCAAAUAGGUAGCGAAGGCCUUAACAUCCUGAGGUUUAACCCUCUGACCUGCAAGGUUUCAAAUAUGCAGCCUAGAAUAUUUUUUAUAAUGUCUUUAAGAAAGUAUUUAUAUGUAUGUCUUGAAAUAUAUCCAAGAAAUUAAGACAAUAUAUAAAAAUUACAUAAAAAUGGCCAGGGGCAUAUUGGCACUAAAAUUAAGAAAAGAUCUGUUUCUCAUGACGGUUUUGAGAAAUUUGAACUUUUUUCAUGAAACCAGUCAAAGGGUUAAGUUCCUUUGUCGUUUCUCUUUAAAUGUGGAUUCUUUGGAACUUGCAUUAACUCUAUCAAACAAUAGCGAUAUUUUCGACAGACUAAGUGAAUUGAGGAUGUAGAAAUUUAAUAUGUGUUGAACCUGUAUCCUCAGAUUUCGUUAUCCAUUUGUGAGCUGUUGUUUAGAUGCACUUUCAUUUCCAGAGAUUGCUCAAAGUUCCCUAAUAGUCUGUGCAUAACAUUCACAUUUCUUUUAAUGAAUUUUCACUAUUAAAAUUUCCUUUUUCUUAUGUGUAACAGUCUUACAAAGCUGCAAUGAAGCUGUGAAAUUAACGGACAAUGAUGAAAUGCCAGUGUUGCAAAGUCAGAUCAAACUCCAUACUUUUAAAUUGAAACAUUUACCCAUUGCAAAUAUGCAAAAAAUAUUUUGUUUUCUAAAAAUAAAGUAUAUAUUGGGGCAUAUUAAAUCUGUGGCUUUCAUCAGGACACCCUAUAUUAAAUCUGCUCACUUUGAAACAAGUCACCAAUCUUGCAAAUGUCUUGAGGGGCAUAAGCAUAUUUAACAAAUAUUGGUUGUCUACUUUUGUUAAUGCUGUAAUCUUAAAAGUCGAAACUCUAAAAUAUAGUGUAUAUUAUAGUCUCUCUCUUGUAAAGUUCAAGUGACUUUUGUAAAUUUUUCUCAUAUUUCUCUAUUUGUGUUAUGAUCGACUAUUUAUUUAUUAAUGUAUAUUCUUGUGUAUAGUACAUAACUGUCUGUGAAUUCUUGACCUCAAACUUCCUUUCUAAGUAUUUUUAUUUUCCCAAAUUCAUGUAAAGUUAUGACAUGCUUAUUUUUUUAAAGGAAUUUUAUUAUUUGUUUUGAUUUAAUCAAUUUCAAAUUAAUUUUGUGUAGUUUAAAAUGUAUGUAAUGUGUAUGAAAUCUUGUUCUUUAACUUGUAUAAGCUUGUAAGACUACUUAUGUGUUAAUGGAGAAGGAUUAGCUAAUUUUGGUAGUAAUAUGAUAAAAUUAGUUUUUUAUUUACUUCAAGUGGAAAAUGUUGGGCAAUAGUUUUGGAGAGUCUUUUUUUUUUUUUUUUUUUUACUCCAACUUUCUGCCACCACACAAACUCUGCUAAGUAUGACUUUAUAUGGUGUUUAGCUGUAUCCUUUUGUUUCUUGUCCCCCCCCCCCCCCAUUUGAAGAACCCCAUACCUGCUCAAUAUUUUGUUUAUGAACUUAAGAAUCAGGAUCCAUAUAAUUGAAUUUGUGAUUCACUUUGAAAAGCUCAAAACCAGCUUUGUGGAAUAUUCUAUUUUAUAGGUGUUUCAAGGUCAGAAUAAAUGGUCAAAUGUUACCUUGCACUCUUUUGUUGACUCGAAUAAAACUUCAUUUUGUGCAGAUUGGAACAUUGACAGUUAGUUACCUGUUAAUGCAGGGCUUCCCAACCAUUUUGUUCCAAAGAGUGCAUUCUAGAAUAUCUGUUGGAGGGUGGCCACCAUUUAUGUUUUCUAGGUGAAUUUGUAGUUGAAUAGAAUCAAUAAUACAUGUACAUAAAAGGAGAUCAGUCACAUUUUACUUUGUGUUGGUAUCUGUGUUGAAUGCAAUUUCUCUUUCAUUAAAAACGAGAAACAAUCGGUGGGUGCAAUGGUGUCUACCAAUAGAGUUGGGAAUUCCUGUGGUAAUGUAUUAUAAUCUUGUGAAAAACUAAUAGUGUCACCUUCAUUGUUUGAUAAAUUUCAUAGAUCCAUGAUCAAUCUAUAAACUCAAAAAAGUCCAUUCUUAAACAUAGUCAUGUGUUAAAUUUGUAGUGGUGUAUAAUUUGUGUUAUGGUGCCAAAGUUGGCAAUUAUUCACUCCUUUUUGGUGAAUUUUCGCUUUUUCUCCAUUAACAGGUAAGUAACCUUCUAACUUCAGUUAUUUUGUAUGAGAAUAUGCAUUUAUUUUGAAAAAUAUUUUUUCCUUUAAAAGAUUUUAAGUUGAUAAAUAAUUUACUUUCCGGAUAUCUUAACUCGGUGUUAUUGAAACUGUGGGUUGUAACCCCAUUUAGGGUCACAAAAUUUUAUACUGGGAUCAGGGAUAAAAAUACUAAAAACAUCUAAAUUGAUGGUAUAUAACUAAGGGUCGACGCUCUGAUUUGGUUUGUAAAAUUGUUUUUUGGGCUUAUUUGCAUUUUUAUGGGGUCAGACUGCCAUAAGUUUUAAACACCAAUGUUUUAAUUAACUAGUGUAUCAAUCAAUAUUAUUUUUGUACCAUAAUUUGUUGUCAUGCCCUGUGUUGAAUAUCUGGAUAUGGUUAAUUUCCUUAUGCAAUAUUUUAAUGAUGGUGCAUCAAAGAAGAAAUCCUUUAUAAUAUACCUCCUAUCAUUUUUUUUUUUUUUAACUCUUUUACUUUUCCAUUGAAAAUGCUGCUUUCUAUUUAUAAAUAAGAAAAAGUGUGAUUAAAACUAAAUGUUUUUGUCAUCUAGAAGAAGAACUGUAUAGUGUGAACCCAUUAUUUAUAUAUGUAUAUUAUUUAUCCUUGUACAUUAUUGUUUGCUGCUGCUGCUGAAAAUGCUAUUUGCUUAUUAUUCGUGUGUAUGCAUUCCUUAUUUUUGCCAAGAUAAGAUAUAUAAUUUGAUGUAUAUUGAUUAUGAAAGUUUUUCCCAUAAUGUUUUUAUGAAUGCAUAUUAGAAUGUUAAUGUCCCAUUGUUACCUUUCUCUCCUAAUUUUUUGAUUCCCGCUUUGAAGCUUGUUUUAACCUGGGGCAAUUGUGCUAUCAGGAAGUUGACCGAAGAGCCAAUGGCUAUGGGUCUGCUUUGUUACCAAAGAUGCCAGCGAUUGCUCACCAAGCGAGAAACCAUCAGAAAUGGGUUGUAAAACACUUCAAUGACAGGUACUUUCUCCAAGUCAUAAACUGAACGUCAUAAUGGUACCUACUUCUUAAGGGUGCCAGCACUUUGUACCAGGACAUCCUCGGGUAGCAGAGGCCCACCUUUAUAAAAGUUCUGGCACCUUUAGGAUGAAGAUUUGACUAAGACAGAACCCAUCUUAAAGCUUUGCACUUGAUGAACGUGGCUUUUUAAGAAUUUCUUAAACUCAUAACUGAACUUCAUAGGAAUGGGGGCUUCUUGAUAUAUAUUGACGACUCUUCACUGAAAUAAAGACCUUUACAUGGGUGACCUCAUGAUGAAAGUUGCAUUUUUUGUGGUUUAAAUUGAACUUCAUGAAGGUGCCCCUUAUAUCUGGGAGAGUAAUAGCUAGACUUGCAAAUAGUGCCAUCACCUGUAUUCACCUUACCACUACCUCUUCACCUAGAUAUUUACAGGAAUCCAGGAUGAUUUACAGGAUGAUUUCUCCAUGGUAUAAACUAAAAUUCUUGAAAGUGCUGCUACAUUUACCAAAUCAAAAAGUAUUGAUUUGAAUCUUCCUGUGGGUCUUCUUCUGGCAUUUGGAUGAAAGUUGCAUUCUUUAUUGUAUGAAGUGAAUUUUUAUAGGGAUGCCAGCACUCCUUACAUCUCAAGAACAAUGGUUAUCUUACAGAACGGCCCUGCACCUUUAUUGGAGUUGGGGGCUAUUCUGUUAGGUCUUUGCACAAGUUUCCUGGAAUUUCAAGAAAGGUUGCAUUCUUCAUGUUAUAUGCUGGUGUAUGAUUAUAUGUCAUUUAUGCAGGGUUCACCUUUCCACCUGAUAGUAAUGGUUUAAAAAGGGAUAAAGUAUCAGUCACAAUCACAAAAUAAAGAAAAAAAAAUAAUUUUAAGAAUUAUUUACAUUCCCCCAAAAAACAUAAGAUAAAUUAAUGAUAAAUAUGCUAUAAACUCUUCGUCUUAAUUGCAUUGUCAUAAACUUGUAGGCUAGAUUUAAUUCUUUAUUAAAUCACACUGAAGCAUUAAAUUAUUAUGUCAUGCCACAGCGAAGAUUUCAUAUAGAUACCAACUCUUUUUUGUAAAUUAGCAACUGUUUGCGAAGAUAAAAGCUAUUAUAAACUGUGCUGUAAGAGUCACCUUCACAAAAAUUAUUCCUCCAACUUAUAAAUUGAACGUUGUGAUGCUGUGAGCACACUUGCAAUGAGGCUUUCAACUAAGACAAAACAUGAUGCAGCUGUUCUGACAUAAAGGUACCUGUAUCUUGACAAAAAUUGCUUUCUUUAAAAUAUAAACUGAGCUUUUAUAAGGGUGUGGGCACCUUAUAACAGGGCAUCUUUGGAAAACAGUGACCUACCUGUUAAAAAGUUACUAGAACCUUUAGGAUGGGAAUUCCACAAGACAAAAUCUAUUGUAAGGGUAACAGAAGCUUGAUGAAUGUUUGUUAAACUUCAUAAAGGUGCCAUUGGCCAAUUUGUGAAGACGCUAAACAAGUUCACUGCACUGUGCAAAUAAUUGUUCACUGAACCCUUAUUUGCACAUCCCUGAUUUUAACUAUACAUGUUAAGAAAAAGCCCCCUUUGCAAAAGUUGAGAAUUUUGAGGGAACAAAGAAUUGUAUAUUGUAAUUUCAUUAUCCACAAAAUUUUAAAAACUUUCCAUUUAGUUAUUAUCAAUGAAUUUUUAAUCUACCAGAUUCUUUUAUGUAUUACAUGCCACAAAAAUUUUUAGAAUGAUCUGUUUUAAUGUAUCAACUUCUAAUCUGUUAUAAUACCUUAAUCAGAAUUAAUAUUCACAGCAUAUAUGUAUUAUGUGAUUACUCUUAUGUUUUAUAUAUGAAAAAUUACAUGUAUUAGUAAGAAUUUAAAAGCUAAAUCUUUAUCACCAUUCAUAAAUCAGAGCUUCAAAUUUAGCUGACAGUAUUUGAAGCGAUUGAAUACUACAGUACAUAGAAUGUAUAUAGGUAGGAAGCAUAACAAAAUUUUUCUGCUUUCAGUUAAAUACUUGUAUUGUGUUAAAUAUUUUUUAUACUUAGGCAGAACUUAACUGAUACCCGUAUUUUUCCCAGUGUAUCUAGUAUGAAAUGCUAGUAGAAAGAUUUAGAGAAAGUGAUCGAUUUAUGUAAAAUAAUGUAUAAAGUUUUUUUAAAAUUUUAUUUUAACAGGUGAUUGUAAUUUUGUUUUAUUUAUGAAGAAGCUUUUACUAGCUGAUAUACUGUUGAGAUUGAUACUGUAAGUCCCAAAUAAAGUACUAGUGCUCAUUACUGUAGAGCAAGGGUUCCCAAAAAAGCUGAUAUUGACACCCUUUGGGGAUUGAUGAAAAUUAUAAAGGAGAUCGAUGGCCAAUUAUGCACCGGCAAUUGAGUGGGAGAAUCAAUAUCACACUGACUAAAAAACAAGAAUUUUUCUAUUAAAAUUAAUAAUUAAUUGUAUUAUUAAUAUAACACUAUAUCAUGUAGUAUAAAAUAAAUAUAAGGGAAAAAAAAAAAUACAGACAAUUUUUCUAAUAUAUUUUAAAACCAAUAAUAUUUUGUUAAAUGUAUAAUUUUUAAUGCUAUAAGUUGAACAUAAAAAAGAAAAAUACACAAAACACAAAAAACUGAAAAAAAAAAAAAAAAAUUUUCUUAGAAGUUAUAUUGUUGUAUAGAAAUCACUUGCAAAAUUGAAAAGAAGAUUUUUAUGUUCUCUUUGGAGACAUUGGAAAUUUGAAUGCAACAGCAUGGCUCAUAGAUCUGCCAAACUGCGAUAUAUCGAUCUUGAGCAUUAUGAUGCAAGAAAAGCUGAUUGCAUAGAAGAAGGAUAUUCAAAAAAUUAAAAGUAAUAAUUAUACAAAAGUAAUUCAACAUAAAUCUAAUAAAUCUUUUAUUUAUUUUUUUUUUUAAAGUUUGAUUCAUAUUCUUAGUCUAAUACAUAUUUUUAAUUUAGUCAUGUGCCAGUUGUUUGUAUUAUGUUGUAUGUGUAUAUUAUAGAGAGAAACUUAAGGGAGUAGCUGAAGAAAAACGAUUCUUUUAAAAGGGAUCGAUGCAAGAAAAGGGUUGGGAAUUCUUGCUGUAAAGAGAAAUCUGUGCCAAUUUUAAAAGUGAUAAUUAUUUGUUGUUUCUUUUAUCCUUAAGAUGUAGGUUUGCUUGUGUAAUUGAAGUAUCAUUUUGAGAUAUCUUUUAUUUCCUCAAUUUUGAAAUAAAUUUUAAUACAAUAAUGAGCUUUUCCGAAAAGUUGUGCAUGUAUUAUGUGUAAUAUAGCAGAACCAUACUUUUCAGUGUAUAACUUGAAGUUUUAGGCCAAAAACAUGCUACUCAAAUGUCUAAUUAACUUAUACGUCAGGUAUAAAAUAUCAUUGAUUCACUAAUUAACUCCCUAAUGUAUUAAAAUAUACUCAUAUUUUGAUUUUGACAGGCUUUCUAAUAUAUAUUUUUUCACCACUGUGAAAUAAGUUGUUUUUUAAUACUGAAUUUUCUAGCAGCUUCAUGCUGAAGAUCAAAUUAUAUUCCAGAACUGAGGAAAUAGGAUGUAGUUUCAUAAAAUAUUCAGCUACUUAUGUGAUAUAAAGGUGCAUAAAAAUUAAAUGCUUCAGAAUGCUAUGAAUAAAAUAUUUCUUUAUUUAUACCGCUUAGUCUUUUUGACAGUUUUUAAUUUUAAAAAAUCUGCACUGUUUUUUCCAAGACAUUAUUAUUUGUAUAAUUUUUAUUAGACUUGACAAUUGCCGAAUGUGCAUAGUUUGUGUAUAAAUGUGUGUUUCAGUUGUUAUACUAUGUAGUUUUAUGUCUCAAGUCUAAUUAAAAAAUUUCACUAAACAAAA